CCCGCGAAGCUGCUUGCUGGGGUGCCGGUAAAAAGGGACAGAAGCAAGACGCCUAUCAACAUGAAGGACCCACUGACAGACUGUUCGUAUAAUAAAGUGUACAAGAACCUAAAGGAGUUUUCUCAAAAUGGAGAGAAUUUCUGCAAGCAGGUCACAGCCAUUCUUCAGCAAAGGGCCAAUUUGGAGGUUAGCUAUGCCAAAGGACUGCAGAAACUGGCAAGUAAAUUGAGCAAAGCAAUACAGAACACAAAGAAAAACUGUCUCGUCAGUGCCUGGGCCUGGGUCUCAGAAGGCAUGAAAUCUGCAGCCGAUCUGCAUCAAAAACUUGGCAAAGCAAUUGAGUUGGAAGCAAUAAAACCAACUCAUCAAGUCCUGAGUGUACAUGAGAAGAAGAGAAAAUCACUUGAUAAUGAAGUUGAAAAGACAGCAAAUCUUGUUAUUAGCAACUGGAAUGAGCAAAUUAAGGCCAAGAAGAAAUUAAUGGUGAGUACCAAGAAGCAUGAAGCACUUUUCCAUCUUGUGGAAAACUCCAAGCAAACAGUAACCGAGAAAGAGAAACAGAAGCUCCUCAAUAAAUUGAAAAAAUCAACUGAGAAGUUGUCAAAAGAAGAUGAAAAUUACUACCAAAAAAACAUGGCUGGGUGUUCUACCAGACUGAAAUGGGAAAAAACACUAGAAAAUUGUUACCAGGGUAUCCUGGAACUGGAGAAGGAAAGAAUUCAACUUUUAUGCAAUAACUUACACCAGUACACCCAACAUGUUUCAGUUUUUGGCCAAACCCUGACCACAUGCCACGCGCAGAUUCACUGUGCCAUCAGCAAGAUAGAUGUCGAAAAAGAUAUCCAGGCGCUAAUGGAAGAAGAAAAUGCAGUUUCAUCUAUAGAAAAUAAAUCAGUGUUCCUGCUAACCGAUUACUUUGAAGAAGAUCUUAACAAUACCAUGACUACAGAGCGACAACAAUCUUCCAUAAAAUCAAAACUUCUGAGAUUGCAAAAUGACAUUGAGAAAGUCUCCCGAGACCAGGAAGGCCUGGAACGAAUGCUUAAAGCUUACUCCAGUAGCUCUUCCUUCUCAGAUGCAGAGAGCCAGAAAAUCACUGCAGCCUUAAUGGAUGAGACUAAUCUGAAACUAGACCUUUUGCAAGCAAACUCCUAUAAACUGUCCUCGGUAUUAGCUGAACUAGAGCAUAGACCCAAACCGACCCAUUCCUGUAGUACCCGCAUCUUCAAAUGGAAAGAAAAGCAGCAGAUGCAUAGCUAUUUAAAACUCUCAAGGCCUUUUCUGAUGAAGAGACUGGAGAAUGUUGUGAGCAGGGCAUCUUCUGUUAGGCAAAGCUAUCCAUGUUCUUCCUCUCCAGUCUCCAGCGUGGUCCAGCUCGGCAAUGGUCUUUGCAAGGCUUUAUAUUCAUUUCAAGCCAGGCAAGAUGAUGAAUUGAAUUUGAAAAAAGGGGACAUUGUAACUAUACACAAGAAAAAAGAAGAAGGAUGGUGGUUUGGAUCUUUAAAUGGAAAGAAAGGUCACUUUCCUGCAGCAUACGUGGAAGAGCUUCCUUCAGAUGCUGGGGAUGCAAGCGUACAGGCAUCAAGCGAGGCUCCAAGCACUGCCUUACAUUCUCUGUAAAUGCUCCAGCACUGCAGCCGGGUGAAUAAAGACCAAUAUUGUGAGCGUC